UGCCAUGCGCAUUGGCUGAAGUUAAAGUUAAAUCAUUACCAUAGACACCUGCUACGUUGACGAGGUAACAUUAUAAUCAUUACCAAAUAAAUGCCUGCUACCCUAAUGAGCUAACAUUAUAAAUGCUACCCUAUAAAUACCGGCUAUGCUGUUGCGGUAACGUGAUAGGAAGCGAUGUGAAUUAUGUGUUCGUUCACAAGAUUAAUAAAAAGUGAAGAGCCAGUUAGACCAUCCUUCCUAAUCGAAAUUUGUAAACUACAUUACACUCAUUGAAUGUCCUCUUGUGUGUGUGUGUGUGUGUGUGUGUGUGUGUGUGUGUGUGUGUGGUUGACUGCACAGACUGACUCAACUAGGGUACAGACAGACAGGUAGGAGCUGGCAACCUUCCCCCUUCAACAGAGGAGGAGAGACAGAGAGAGAUACACUAGCAAGGAGGGGGAGGAGGGGUAGCUACAACGUGAGAGUAUCACUCUCAAAAGAGCAUAUUUGAGGAUUGGCUCCACAUGCAGGAGUCUCGCGCAGCUGUAAUUGCCCGCGGCUAUAUUAUCGGAAAUCCGGAUAACUGGAGGAGGAUCUGAGGAGAAGUCGCCAAAUAUUGUGUUGAACGUUGGGGUUAAGUGCGUCUCCCAUUCCCGUUUGCCAUUAUGGGAGGGAUAGAUCGACAGCGGAGGGUAUCCCUGGCUCUUACCUUGAACUUCCUCGCGCUGAUUCUAGCCGUGUCUGCGUUGACUACCAGCUACUGGUGCGAGGGGACACGGAAAGUUGCAAAACCUUUCUGUACCGGACCGGUCACCACGAAACAGUCGUUCUGUAUCAGGUUCAACAGCUCGAACAUUAACGACAGCAGACUGGUCCAGUACAUCUGGGAGUCCGGCGAGGACAAGUACAUUAUGAGGAAGUUCCACACCGGGAUCUGGUUUUCGUGCGAGGAGAACGUCAAUAUGACAGGUGAAAUCUGCAGAAGUUUCAUUUAUGUCACACCCUCACAUGAAAGAGGAGUGCUGUGGCUGUGUAUCGUUUCAGAAUGUCUGUAUAUUCUCCUCCUGGCCACCGGAGGCAUCCUCAUGUCCAUAGAGGCGUGUCACUUAGGAAACGUCAUUGACGGGCUCAAACUCAACGCCUUCGCUGCCAUAUUCACUGUCCUGUCAGGUCUACUCGGCAUGGUGGCCCACAUGAUGUUCACUACAGCCUUCCAGCUGACAGUCAGUGUGGGGCCAGAGGACUGGAAGCCUCAGACAUGGGACUACAGCUGGUCAUACAUCCUGGCGUGGAGCUCGUUCACAGCUUGCAUGGCCUCCUCGGUCACCAUCAUCAACCGCUACACCAAGACCAUCCUGGAGUUCAAACACAAGCGCAGAAACAUCGAGAAGAACCUGAAGAUCAAGCAGAAGCUUCUGGAGCUGGACUCUGGACCAGGGGUUGGGGUGGGACAAGUUGGACAUGUGGAACAGGUGUGGGACAUGUACAUCAGCUCAGUACCCAGCUCAGGUUGCACAGCAGAGGAAUUGCUGGACUUGUCCAGUAAUGGAAGGAAGCUGUCCAAUGCUUCAGUGUUUCUGGACCUGAAUGACCUGCCGGAUCCACAAAGAGAGGAGUACUGCUGAGGAGGGAACUAGGGGACUGAUCAAGGCACGCACAAGUACGCAUAUACACACAAACAAAAACACAUAGAAACAAAUGACUUUCGUCAUGAAUUGCCACCCAAUUUACAAACCAAAUAGCAUUAGCAACUGUGACUUCAUGUUAGAGGAAAUCCAACUCCAAGUUUCCCUGAUGUUCCAAGCUGAAGUAGAGAUCGGUUGAGGAUGAGAGAAAUGGAUAGCAGAGGAUACAGUAGUAAAUGGUAGCAAUGGAAAGGCAGAGACGAGAAAUGGAUAGAGGAGAGAUGGAUAAAGGAUGAUUUCAGGGAAAAAAUAUAUAUAAAUGUGUGUAUAUAUAUAUAUAUAUAUAUACAUCAGUGCCUUCAGAAAGUAUUCAUACCCCUUGACUUUUUGUGUUACAGCCGAAAUACAUUUUUUUCAACCAUCUACACACAAUACCCCAUAAUGACAAAGUGAAAACAUGCAUUAAGAAAUGUUUACAAAUGUAUUGAAAAUGAAAUACAGAAAUAUCUCAUUUACGUAAGUAUUUAUACCCCUGAUCCUAUUUUGUAGGAUCACCUUUGGCAGCGAUUACAGCUGUGAGUCUUUCUGAGUAGGUCUCUAAAGAGCUUUCAAUAUCUGGAUUGGGAAAAAUGUGCCAAUUAUUAUUUUUUAAAUUCUUCAAGCUCUGUCAAAUUGGUUGUUGAUCAUUGCUAUACAAUCAUUUUCAGGUCUUGCCAUAGAGUUUCAAGUAGAUUUAAGUCAGAACUGUAACUCGGCCACUCAGGAACAUUCACUGUGCUCUUGGUAAGCAACUCCAGUGUAGAUUUGGCCUUGUGUUUAGGUUAUUGUCUUGCUGAAAGGUGAAUUAAUCUCCCAGUAUCUGGAGGAAAGCAGACUGAACCAGCUUUUCCUCUAGGAUUUUGCCUGUGCUUAGCUCCAGUCAGUUUAUUUUUUAAACAGAAAAACUCCCCAGUCCACCACCACUAUGCUUGAAAAUAUGGAGAGUUGUACUCAGUAAUGUGUUGUAUUGGAUUUGCCACAAACAUAGCACUUUGUAUUCAGGACAAAAAGUGAAUUGCUUUAGUGCCUUGUUGCAAACAGGAUGCAUGUUUUGGAAUGUUUGUAUUCUGUUCAGACUUCCUUCUUUUCACCCUGUCAAUUAGGUUAGUAUUGUGGAGUAACUACAAUGUUGUUGAUCCAUCCUCAGUUUUCUCCUAUCACAGACAUUAAACUCUGUGACUGUUUUAAAGUCACCAUUGGCCUCAUGGUGAAAUCCCUGAGCGGUUUCCUUCCUCUCCGGAAACUGAGUUAGGAAGGAUACCUGUAUCUUUGUAGUGACUGGUUGUAUUGAUGCACCAUCAAAAUUGUAAUUAAUAACUUUACCAUGCUCAAAGGGAUAUUCAAUUUUACCCAUCUACCAUCUUUGCCAGGCAUUGGAAAACCUCCCUGGUCUUUGUGGUCGAAUCUGUGUUUGAAAUUCACUGCUCGACUCAGGGACCUAAAAUAUAAUUAACUGUAUGUGUGGGGUACGGAGAUGUGGUAGUCAUUCAAAAAUUAUGAUAAACACUAUUAUUAAACGCGGUGAGUCCAUGCAACUUAUUAUGUGACUUGUUAAGCAAAUUUUUACUCCUGACUUAUUUAGGCUUGCCAUAACGAAAGAGUUGAAUACUUAUUGACUCAAGACAUUUCAGCUUUUCAUUUUUUAUUAAUUGGUAAAAAUGUUGAAAUACAUAAUUCCACUUUGACAUUAUGGGGUAUUGUGUGUAGACCAGUGACAAACAUCCAAAUGUAAUAAUUUUAAAUUCAGCUGUAAGUCAAUGGGUGUGAAUACUUUCUGAAGGCACUGUGUAUAUAUAUAUAUAUAAAUUAUGUGGAUAGAGACAUAGGGGAUGAUAAAGAGUAGAAAUAGAUAAAGGAUGAGGGUAGAGAGAAUUCCCAGGCCAUGCUGAGUGCCUUUGAUUCCAGCUCCUGUCUUGUGAUCAACUUCAAACAGCUUGCAGAGCACUGAGUGGGAGACUGUUACAAAGUUACAAAGGCCAACUCCUAUUCCUAUUGUUCUCACUCUAAUGAGACACAGGAGAUUCCAUUAUGUAGAUCGUAUAUGUGCAAACAGCCAAAACUCAGCCAUUAUUAUUUCCUGCUCUUUCUUUCCAUGUUCAGAUAGAUGUAUUGCUUUUUUGAUGAUUUCUAGGACAUGAAAAGGUGUACAUGACAAUUGUAGUGAAAUACCGAAGGCAACAGAUAGAAAUUCCCCAUCAAUGUACACGUUAUAGACUUGAAGUUGAAUAAACCAGCAUCAAAUAAUUGUAUUUCAAAACGGUAUUGAAGAUAAUUAUGAUUUAUACUUUAAUAGUUAGUAUGACUUACUUACAGUGACUUAAAGUUAACUUGAUCAUUUAUUUCUGUAUAUAAUGUGUAUUACGUUUUCUUAUUUAUUUAUUAACAUUCAAAUACAUUUGUUUAAUUUAACUGUUGAAUUAAGUUACUCUUUUAAAGAUAUUUUACAUUUUCCUGCCAUGUUAAAUUUGUUCUUCCUUGUUCUCACGGUAGAGAUGGUUAUGCUCCUUUAGUGUGUGUUGGUGUCAUAUUUGUAACAUAUUUGUGUAAAGUGCUAUUUUGGUAACUUCAUGUGUGUGAUUAACUGCAAUGAUUCAUUUAAAUUAUAGGAAUUAUAUGUUAAGAUGUACAGAAUAUUAUACAUUUAUAUCAAAGAUAUAAGGGAAAAUUAUGAAGAAUUAAAUAAAGUAACUUGUUUAUUGCCAAAUGUAAUUGUUUAUAUUGUUACGUACUAAUAGGUUUCAGCGUUGAUAACAGAAAUAAAAUAAUACCUUUUUAUACUAAA